GUUUGGAACAUAAUAAGGACGUUUCAAUAUGAAAUAUUUGAACCUAUUUUGCCUAUUGCUUCAAUGGAAACCGUAGAUUGGGUGUGAACUUACCUCUCCGUGUUGUGAUUUUGAAGUAUUUGAUAGUUGAUUUUUGCUAAGAGCUUCUUCCAUUCUUAUCUAGUGCUUAUUGGAUUGAUACUAACCCUAGGCUCACAAAGUCAUAGGCUUAAACAUGCUACUAGUCCUGCAAUAUACUUAUUUUAUUUGUCUUUAUGUUUUCUCAAAUAUAAUUUUUUUUUUUAUUUUAAUCCCUCCUACACUGCAUAAACCGCCAUGUGAGCCGUUAGAAAGACCAAGGUUCACAAAAUAACAUUUACUUGACGUUAUGCUUUUUCGUGGGAAGGGAAGAGUUUUGAAAAAUUAUGUGUUGUUACCCCUAAAUGAAAGAAUCAGACAGAUUUUUGGUUCUGCAUUUGUUCUUUCUGUUUAUAGUCCUUGACCAUCUUGAGAUUCCAUUUUGACUUUUCCCUUCAUGUCUUCAUGAUAUCUACUGCUGUGCAUGCCUUUUGAAUAUCCUAUUCUGAACAGUUGGUCCAGGUGGAAGUCCAGAUGAGAAUGGAGAAACUACAAUUGAUGCUCUGAUCAUGGACGGGGGGACACACAGUUGACAAUGGAAGUAGGAGCUGUUGCAGCCAUGAGAUACGUAACUGAUGGAAUCAAGGCUGCCAAGUUAGUGAUGCGACAUACUGAACAUACUUUGCUAGUAGGAGAGAAAGCAUCAGAAUUUGCUAUUUCAAUGGGUCUUCCUGGACCUACAAACUUGAGUUCACCAGAAUCCAUGGAGAAGUGGACCAAAUGGAAAGAUGGUCGAUGUCAACCAAAUUUCAGGAAAAAUGUGUCACCUGCAAAUAGUUGUGGUCCUUAUAGUCCAACACAUUACCUGCAGCAUCCUGGUGAAACAUGCUCCAGUACUGGUCAUAUUCUGACUAGUAAUUCUGGAUUACCUCGUGUUGGUCUUCAUAGCCAUGAUACUAUAUCAAUGGCUGUUAUUGAUAGAAUGGGACACAUUGCCGUUGGCACAUCAACGAAUGGGGCAACAUUCAAGAUUCCUGGGAGGGUAGGUGAUGGUCCCAUAGCUGGAUCCUCUGCAUAUGCUGUAGAGGAAGUUGGUGCAUGUUGUGCAACUGGGGAUGGUGACAUCAUGAUGCGCUUCCUUCCUUGCUAUCAAGUUGUGGAAAGUAUGAGGUUGGGAAUGGAUCCCAAACUUGCUGCCAAAGAUGCAAUAGCACGAAUAGCGAAAAAAUUUCCAGAUUUUCUGGGAGCAGUUGUUGCCCUCAAUAAAAAGGGGGAGCAUGCUGGUGCCUGCCAUGGUUGGACAUUUAAAUACUCAGUAAGGAGCCCUGCAAUGAAAGACGUUGAAGUUUUUACCGUGCUACCCUGAGACUGAUACUAUUCAAGAAAUGAGUAUCUCCCAACAAAUGAAUUCAAAUUUUGUUGACUGAGGAGAAUUAAUAGUGCUUAAAUGUGCUCGUAUUGUAAUAUUAUUCUUGCGUCUGAUAUUUCAAUUAACAAUGAUUGAAUGAUUGCUUACAAUUUUAACAAUGUUUGCACGAGUUUCAUACUACAGUUUUAAUGUUGUCCGCCCAAGUAAUAAGAAAAGUGACUUACA